AUGGCAGCCAAAGAGGUGGAACAGUGGUGGGAUCCGUAUGAAACGUGUCACAGGAGACAGUUCGUCUUCAGGCCAGACUCGGCUGCAGAGGUGCUUCUGUGCCCGAUGUCAACAUCAUCUAUGGAGUCUAGUUCACGGUCUGGACCUUUUGGUUCAACCGUGUACCAUAAGGACUUUAGCUGGAAGGCAGCCUGUAGACCUGAGUGCAUUCACACAGGACAGAGGAGAAACAACCCACAUCCCAGUCAGUCUUUCCUGACGUGGAGGCUGCCUAGGGACGCUACACACAACCCAGAGUAUGUCCGGUUGCCUUGGAAAUGUCCCCCAUCUGAGGGGGAGAUCCACCAGGCCUUGACAGCACUGUACCACUCCACCUACAGAUGUGACUUCACGGGUGGGCCUCAAGGAUGUGAUCUCAUUAAUAAUGCAGAGAGACGACCCGCACCUCUGCAGAUCCGGCGUCACGUGACACGCUUCCCCGACACUGAGAUGAGGGACAAUUAUCGUCAGCCGAAGCCGAAACCCGAACUGAUGGGCUACCGCUCUCGUCACAGCUGCAACACAGACCCGAACUGGACCCGCCGGGGCAUCGUUCCAACUGUUGUGCAACGGCAUGUCCACACUCAGCAGAGAGGAUCAGACCUGACGGCCUACGACAGGUUUUGUGGGAAGAGAUUCACGAAUGUGGCAUCUGUAGUAAAGUCUCUGUUGCCCCAGGAGCUGCAGCGCUUACACAGGACUUUACCUGCAGGAGGAAAGGAGGCUGUCAGAACCGUUAUGAGUAAAGAUGCUUAUCCGAACGAUGGAGAGAAGGAGAAUAAACUUCCGGCUGUUGUGCUUGAGUCCUGCUCACCUGAGCGGAUAUCAAGCUGGCCAGGACCUGGCUAA